CCAUUCUGAUUGGUGGGUUAAUACCACAUGAAUAACGUCACGCCGUGUUCGCUCUCUGCACACCUCAGAAGACAUCAUGACGAACGCGUUAUGGAAAAGCCUUUACUUCGCCACCAUAACCGGGUUGUCCUGGUGUAGCUGCUGCUACGACGCGGGUCCGGGGGAGAACCCGAACAUACCGGCCAUCGCCCAGUACUUCAGCACGAAAGGACGCUACGAGGAAGUGAACCCUUAUCUGAUAAACGACAUACUCGCUGUGAACAGCUCGGCGCUGCAGCCUCCGUCUCCGCAAUGUCGCCAGAUCCACCUGACGGCCAUCGUAAGACACGGGACGCGAUACCCGACGGCCAAAAACGUGAAGAAGAUGCAGGACGUGCACAGGGUGGUCCGGAACAGCACCGGCGGCCGGGACAGCUGGCUGCGGGAGAUCCGCGACUGGAGGAUGUGGUACACGGAGGACAUGGACGGCCGCCUGGUCCGCAAGGGGGUGGACGACCUGAGGCACCUGGCCGUCCGGCUCUCCAAGCUCUUCCCCUCCCUGGUUGCGGAGGAGAAGCUUCGGGGUGGACGCAUCAAGUUCAUAACCAGCUCCAAGCACAGAUGCGUGAACAGCACGCUGUCGUUCAUCGCGGGGCUGACCGAGGCGUGGGCCAUCAGAGAUAUGGAGGUGGAGCACGCAGUGAACGACGCGCUCAUGAGGUUCUUCGACAAGUGCACCAAGUUCCUGGAGGAGGUCGAUAAGAACCCUUCAGCUCUGAUCGAGGCGGACAAGUUCAAGCGGGGGCCAGAGAUGAAGAGGGUCCAGGAGAAGCUGGCUGACCGUCUGGACGUCCCGUAUCAUCUCAUCACGUAUGAUCUGGUGGAAGCUGCUUUCUACCUGUGUGCUUAUGAGUUUGCCAUCAAGACGGUGAAUUCGCCGUGGUGUCGGCUCUUUGACCAGAAGGAUGCACAGGUUAUGGAGUUCGCACUCGAUCUGAAGCAGUUUUGGAAAAGAGCCUAUGGACACGACAUCAACAGCAAAUCGAGCUGCAUUCUGUUCCACGACGUGUUCAGCCGUCUGGACAAAGCCGUCACUGAGCACAAUUCGGGCCGGGAGGUGACCGAAGCUGUGACAGUCCAGGUCGGCCACGCAGAGACCCUGCUGCCCCUCCUCACCCUCCUUGGCUUCUUCAAGGACAGCAGACCUUUGACAUCAGCCAACUACGCCACACAGACACAUCGCUCUUUCCGCACCAGCCGUAUGAUACCGUAUGCAGCUAACUUCCUCCUGGUUCUGUACGACUGCGGAGGAGAGGACAUCAGACUGCAGCCUCUGGUCAACGAGCAGCCGAUUGCCUUCCCGGGUUUGAUGGACCAAGGGGAGUCCAUGCCGCUCUAUGAGGACGUCAAAAGACAGUACCAAGAACUGCUUCAGGGAUGUGAUUUUGAAACGGUGUGCGAGCUGUUCAAAACCCCUACUGAGGGUUAAGGAACAAAGAGGUUUUAUUGGCUUUAAUCGGUUUUCUAUGCAAAAUGGAGCGAGCGCAGUGUUGCAGAUGAUAUUGUUUUUAAUGCUUUGGAAAUGUAAGCCAUGAAUGCCUCGCUUUUGUUUGCAAUCUUGACAAAAAACAACAAGACAGCGUUGUCCCAUCGGAUAAUGGCUGAAUUGUUGUCUUUGAGCCAUAAAGUGUUGCCUGCCUGGCAGAUUAAAUUUAGAUUAUUUUACCA